CAUAUGGGACAUGACCGAACAAUCCCGAUUGAAACCAAAAUGGCUGCGCCCAUAUCACGUAUUAAAGUUUUAGAACUUUACAGUGGUAUUGGGGGUAUGCACUUUGCGCUUUGUGAAAGUGGUAAAGAGUUUAAAGUGGUAAUGGCUAUGGAUGUGAACACAAAUGCCAAUCUUGUAUAUAGACAUAAUUUCCCCAAUGUAGACAUUAAUGCUAGUGCAAUAGAGACUCUUACUAAACAAAAGUUUGAUAGCCUUGGCAUUGACAUGAUUUUGAUGAGCCCUCCCUGCCAACCGUUCACACGUGUAGGAAAACAGCAAGACACAAAAGACGUACGGACCAGAUCAUUUCUACAUAUUUUGGAGCUACUUAAAAAGUCAGACAAAUGCCCAUCGUACAUACUUGUGGAGAAUGUGAAAGGAUUUGAAAGCUCUGAAUCCAGGAUGAGGCUGAUACAGACCCUCACUCAGUGCAACUAUAAAUUUCAGGAAUUUUUGUUAACACCGUUGCAGUUUGGAAUACCUAAUUCAAGGUUAAGGUACUUCCUUAUAGCAAAGAAGAAGCCAUUACAGUUUUGUUUUGAGCCAACAGAAGAAAUAAAAGAUAAGCUACCUAAUUGUCCAAAUGAUUGGCUAACAUACAAGUUAAAGUCUGAAUCAUUGAGACUGUCAACAGAUUCUGAAAAUAAUUGCUGCCCAUGUAGAAGGAAAGCUGAAAACAGUACUGUGCAAACUGAGACUGGUUCUACAGGUCAAAAUUCUUGCAAGAGAGUAAAUGCAGACUGUGGUACAAAUUUUAUCAAUAAACGUCAUAAACAAGAAUUAGGUAGUAAUAUUUCAAGUGAAGAAGAAAAGAAAGAUAAUUUUCAGAGUGAUGAUUCUGACAAAUGUAUUACACCAAAAGGUGAAUCUGAAGGACAUGUAACAGAUAGGAAAACUUUGGACCAAGAAACAAAAGAGACAAAAACCUUUUCAACUGAUAAUUUAGACUGUCUGCAAAAUUAUGGAAAAAACUUGCGUCAGUUAAUGACAGACGACCAGGCUGAUUACGUGCCUUGUUUAGACCUGUAUAAUUUUCUAGAAGAUAGAUAUUUUACACAAAACUUGUUUGAGGAAUAUCAACUUUUAGAGAAAGAUUUGAAAAGAUUCAUGUCGAUGGAUAUAGUAAACCCGUGUUCACAGAAGACAUGCUGUUUUACAAAGAGGUAUGGACACUAUAUUGAUGGGGCAGGCUCCUUAAUUAUGAUGACUUCAGAUACACAGGAUAUACACAAAGCAUCAGCCUUAAAAGAGAGAACAAUCUUGGAGCAAAAUAAAGACCAGUGGAAGGAGACAGAAUACCAAGUGUUGAGAAAUCUCAAACUAAGAUAUUUCACACCAAGGGAAAUAGGGAAUAUAUUAUGUUUUCCAGCGUGGUUUGGUUUCCCAGAUCGAUUAACAAACAGACAGAAAUAUAUGUUGCUAGGCAACAGCCUGAAUGUCCACAUGGUGUCUCUACUUAUCAAACUUAUGACAUCACCAAGUGAUUUAUAAGAAGUUCAAUUUUUAGACUUGUAAAUUUUUUUUUGUUUUAGCUAAAUCAUUACAAAUGUCAGGGGGUAGCUAUAGGAAUAGAAUAUUCUUUAUUGGAACUUUCUUGUCAAAUGAACUUGAGUGAAUUUA